CAUGAUAAUCUUCCUUGGGAAAAGAUUAUAUGCCACUGCUCCAGACCCCGAGCAUCACUAAUAGGGCUCGCUUCCGGCAGAAGGUGCUCAAGUUAAGUGACUUCCUUGGGAAAACCACCAUCAGCGACCUGAAUUUGAACUUUCUGUGUGAAAAGAUCUGGGUUAAACCAGAAGAACCAAAUCAAUUGUUGCAGGUGUUCCACAAAUUAAGGCAUGUGACUUUGACCCACAUUUCUGAAGAAUGUGAUCUGAAUUGGACAAUGUUCAUUCUCCAAGGUGCACCGUCCCUUCACGAGCUAUGCAUCAAGAAUGCAGGUGUGGGAUCAUCUAUGUGAAAUGACAGUGGAUGAGCAAGAGAGGACUAAGUAUGGGUUUAGCAACGAGCAGAAGGAUGCACACGUACUAUGGAAAGCACCUUCUUCAUCUGAUUUCAAGCACCACAAUUUGUCUAUGCUCAGGGUCUUUGGGUUUCAGUGUGAGGCGGAGAUCGUGAAUUGCAUCAAAAGUGUCAUGAAAACAUCGGCAGCCCUGGAGGACGUAUACAUGUAUGAGAAGCCUAUGUGUGAGUACUGUAAACACACGGCAUGGAAGCGCAUAUUUCUGCGGAGAAACAGUCAGCCGGCUUGCGAACAUAUUGGACAUGGGAGUCAGUUUGCGUGUAAGGAUUCAUUUGCCGGGUUUGCAUUACUUUGGCUGAAUUUUGCUAUGUCAUCUGAAGGUCUGGGCAAGAGUAUACAUACACCCUUUUGACAGUUUGUGUUAGCAAGUGUGUUUUAUAUGGCAGUCGAGAAAUGCCCUGCAUACUCUUUUAUGUGGUCAACAGAAACUGUAUUGCUAGUAGACGAUAUUAUUGUAUCUAUGGACCUUUGUUUGAUGAACCUACUUUAUUUACUUACUACUUUCUAGCUGGCUGGAGUCAGUUUGCAAAAUGAUCUUGGUGUUGUGUGUAAUGUUUUAAUCGCCUCCUCUCAUAAAAUGAGUUCCCUGUUUCACCAAAUGGUUUAUAUUGUUUCAAAUGCCACCCAAGUUACGUGCUGCAGCAAUUAUAUUGUUGACA